AUGCUGGUAUCACUUGCUUCUAGUCCUUCUUUGGGUCUGAAUUAUUUGCGUUACCCAGCCAAAGCAGUGCGGGUAACGCGCUGUGAACGGCUUCGCCUCGCAAACGCGCGCCGGGGUGCAGGUCCCGCCAAGCUUGACGCGUGUGCACCUCGACCGGCCGGGGGCGACACGCUUCGCUGGCGUGAUACUGUUGCGCUUUAUGCACAGCUUUCCGCUGAACAAACUGUGGAGCACUUGCUCGAAGGUCUCUCGCGUCGACAGGCACUCACCACCGCGCAGGAGUGUGAUGAGGGUAUUGAAGCGUUGUAUGCCUUUGCGAACUUUGACGUCUGGUCGAUCAAGAAUGAGUUCUUCGGAAAGCGAAUUGAUUUGGGUCAGUUUGAACGCUUUAAGCGCAUCAUGAUGGCGAGGCCGUAUUCCGCGCUGCUCCGUCACAAGUGUCGAUGCGUGCUUAGCUCAAUGCGAGUCACCCCAUACCUCUACCACUGCCGUAUCCAGGUUCUCUCGAGCGUGGACGACGUUGCCGUUUUCAGGUUUUGCCUCAGCCGCCGAGCGUUGCCAGGCGCUCCACGUGCACCACGCCGUCCGCGUUUGUACUGGAUGGUUGACCAAAUUCUCCAUGAGCAAGUUUCAUGA